UUGUCGCUUUUUUGGUGGCUUACCACCAAAACAAACCACUGAUCGGUGAGAAAGGCCUUCUGCCCGCCAAGCUGUUCUUGGAGAACAUCAAGCGCUACUUCAAAGGGAAGGUCCACUGGGAGGCUUUGAGCCACGCCCCGACUCUGAUCUGGUUCCUGGAUUGGUCCAGCAUGGACAGCAUCCUGGAUGGGUUCGCGCUGGCCGGCUUGGCCAUCGCGGCGUUUGUCUUGGUCACCGGCUGUGCCAACAUGGUCCUCAUGACCGCCCUGUGGGCGCUCUACCUCUCUCUGAUCAACGUCGGACAGAUCUGGUAUUCCUUUGGGUGGGAGUCUCAGCUCCUCGAAACAGGUUUUCUAGGGAUCUUCCUCUGCCCGUUCUGGACGUUCUCCCAGCUGCCCAAACGGACGCCUCCUUCCCGCAUCGUCAUCUGGGGUUAUCGGUGGCUCAUUUUCCGAAUCAUGCUGGGAGCG